AUGGUGCCCAUCGCCCUGGAGGUGAGCUGCAGCUUUGCCGCCUGGCUGUGUCUCUACAGCUGCCUCUGCCGCUGGAACGGGCAGCGCUCCUGCAAGUGGAGCUGCCGCCUGGUGACCCUCCUGCACGGGCUCCUUGUCACCUGCCUCUCGGGCUACGUCCUGUUCCUGGAUGGCCCCUGGCCCCUGACCCACGCAGGCUCACCAAACACCCCUCUCCAGAUCCACGUGCUCUCCCUGACCUUGGGCUACUUCAUCUUUGACCUGGGCUGGUGCCUGUACUUCCAGACCGAGGGGGACCUGAUGCUGCUCCACCACACGCUGAGCAUCUGCGGCAUGAUCCUGGUGCUGGGGCUGGGCAAAUCGGCCACGGAGGUGAACGCCGUGGUGUUUGUCAGCGAAAUCACCAACCCCCUGCUGCAGACCCGCUGGUUCCUGCGGGAGAUGGGCUCCUACCACACCGCCCUGGGCAAGCUGGUGGAUUUCCUCUUCGUGCUGCUCUUCCUGGCGCUGCGCAUCGGGGCGGGCGCGUGGAUCGCGUACGGCAUGGUGACGUCCCCAGAGCCCAACUGGCUGCUCAAGGCUGGGUGCCUGGCCAUGUACGUGGUGUCCUUGGGGUUCAUGGUUGAAAUCUGUCGCUUCGUGAGGAGGAAAUUGUGGAAAAAAGCCCCUUCUGUGGAUGCACCAUCCCGUCGGGAGUAGGAGCGCGCCUGUGGAAACUGCUUGGCUGCUCGUUAAUGGGCUGUAGAGGAUGAUCCCCUGGCUGCUGGAGCUUGUUCCUGUGAAAAGAGCUCCUAAAAUGACACAGAACUGACCUUCUGCUGCCCCUGGAGGAGAUGGAUCAGUGCUAGGAACGUGGAGAAGCUGAGAGAUUUGAGUGGGAACUGAGGAGCCUGGCACUGAUUCCCUGAGUUCUCCAGCAACACCAGAGAUUAUCAACCUGCAACCACUAAUUGCACAGUUUGUAUCUUCUGUCCUCAUUUCCAAUGCAGAAUAGAGAAAAACAUGAAAAAAAUCCCAUUUUCCUGCCAGUGGGAGUGGGUAAGGGGCAAAGAUUUACUGAGCCUCACCCUCCUUAAUAAUCCUGGAUUUGGACAAUGUGUAAAUACUCGAGCGAAAGAUUCUGAACAAGACUGAAGUGCUUGCAGGGUGUAGUGGAAUUGUCCUUUGAGUGUGAAGUGAUGGUACUCGAGGUGAGGCAGUGUUUUACCUCCUUGUUUUUAAUGACACAUUUCCUUUACUGCUUUUUUAACACUUCCACUGGGUGCUGAUCUCAGAGCAGAGGGAUUUCUCUGGGACUGACUCAGGCCCUCACAAACCAGAGUCAGGAAUUAGAAUUGUGCCAAUAAACUCCACGAACAGGUGCUGGCCUGGGCUGGGAUUGCUUAAUAAGAAUAAAAGAAUAAUCAGGGUUUUUGUGGGAGAGGGAGGAUAGUGAAGGUCCCCCUGGAUGCUCUUUCUGUUCUGGGGUUGGCUCAUUUUUAAGCCGUUUCAGCUGAAUUCAUGGCAAAUGAGUCAAAAGUGUGAUUAUUUCCAAGAAUAUUUAGGCACCAGCAGGUCUCAGAGCAUGGAACAGUUCUCUCAUUUUCUUUACCUCUCAGAAUCGUGUUCUGACCUUUUCCCUGGGGUUUUAAUGUGAAUUUCCCUCUGUUCAAGGCCACAGUUCAGAUUUAGCUCCUCCAAAAGCCUCGCUGAGAGCUGAGAAGCGAAAGCAGAGGUGAGGCAGGGCAGCAGUGGGGACGCGGCUCCUGCACUGCCUUUAUCUCACUGAAUUUGGCUCUGUUCAGGGCAGAUACCAGCCUCUGGCUGGGGCUCCUCAAGGUGCCUGGAGAGAUUAAAAAACAACCUGAAAUAACCUCGCUUUGGGCACGUCCCCUGAAGGCACUGCAGCUGUGAACCCGGGCAAGUUCCUGGGCCGAUGUUUUUUUUGGGACAGCAGGAGCCAGAGAGGCCUCCUGAGGUGUGGGCACCUGCCAGGCUCUCUGUGUUCCUUCCAGAACCUCCCCUGAGUCGUGGAACUUUAUUCUAAUAAAGUCAUGUUCUCCUUUGAAAAAGAA